AUGGUCUGUCACAAGUCUUUACAAUUAGUGCUCAAACUCGUCCUCUCAUUUCUCUUCCUGUGCUCUUUCACAAGUGCAUCUGCUUCGUCUGUCCUCACGAGGCGAACAUGCGACGCGAAUCCAGUCUCUUCAGCACAAAUUGCAGCUGACCUGAGACCAUUCCUCUCAAAACAUGCCGUAGUCGUUCUGCCGGACGACCAGGAAGAGUGGAGUCGAUUGACGGCGAGAUCCAGCGGGCCAAAGAUCAACCCGGGGUAUCUUGCUAUCGUUGAGGUUGCUGCUGAGGAAGAUGUGCAGAAUGUGAUCCACUAUGCCAAUCUCAAAAACUUGCCUUUUCUUGCUGUGUCGACCGGGCACGCCUGGGCGCCGGCGAUGAAUGAUCUCCAAAAUGGAAUUCAGAUCAGCAUGCGGAAGUUGCAGAGUGUCAAAGUUGAUGAUAGUGGGAACACUGCCACGAUCGGUGGCGGUGCCACGCAAAAUACGACCUUGAAGGCGCUUGCGAAGGUAGGGAAGCGUACUGUCCAUGGUCUCUGCGAGUGCACCUCAGUCAUCGGCCCAGCUUUAGGAGGUGGACAUAGCAUGCUCCAAGGCCAAUAUGGCUUCUCCGCAGACAACAUCGUCUCUGCUCGCCUCAUCCUCGCCAACAGCACGGCAAUCACUGUAUCUGCAACCUCUCACCCCGAGCUCUUCUGGGGACUCCGCGGCGCAGGCCACAACUUCGGCAUCAUCACGUCUUUCCAAACCAGAGUUUACGAUGUUCCAUCUGGCCCUCACGGUCUCUGGACCCUCACCAUCCUCACAUUCUCCCCAUCACUUCUCGAACGCUUCUUCGAAACCUGGAACGAUCUCGAAACAACCUACCCCGAUCCUGAAGGCCUCUUAGUCCUCGACGCAAUGUUCAAUCGUAACCCUCUCGUCGAUCCCAGCAACAAUCCGAUGAUAACACUCAUCAUCGCCCACGAAGGCUCUAACCCCAUCGCCGACGAUUACAUCUCCGCCUUCCAAGCCCUCAACCCCACAUUUUCCACGCAAGAAUCUUCAAUUUCAUGGGAACUCAUUCACGAUAAAAUGGGUCUCGGCGAUCCACCUGUUUGCCAGUUGAAUUGGAAUCUCUAUGGCGUCACGUCGCCCUCUUUGCAGGAAUGGAACGUGACGAAUAUGAGAGAAAACUGGGAUUUUUAUAAAGAUUUCACCACAGAACAUGAAUUCUUGAGAGGAAGUUUCUAUUUAUUGGAAAGUUAUGGAAGAGGGAAAGCGAUGGAUUUGGACAUGCUGGAGGUUAAUGCUGUGGCAAGGGAGGAGAGGGAGAAACAUAUCUUGCCAGCUUUGAUGAUGAUUUGGGAGGGUGGAGAGGAAGCGGAACAAGUAAUUGCUGGGAAGGUGGCAGAUCGGGCGAGAGCGUUGAUGAAAGAGGGCGUAUCAGGGGCAACGCACCAUACGUAUGUGAAUUAUGCUAAAGGUGAUGGGUCGGAGAGUUUGGAGGAGAUGUAUGGAAGGGAUGCACAGCGCUUGAGACGAUUGAGGGUGCUCAAGAGGAAGUGGGAUCCCGAGAAUAGGUUUGGUUUCAAUGCGCCUUUGAUCUAG